UUAUGGCUGUUCUCACGUUCACCAAUGACACCACUUCCCAAUCCUCCCGCAAGGGCAUUCAAGGCCUUUUUCCUUGAUGGAGACAAAUUGAUCCCAAAAAUAAUGCCACAAGCCUUCAAGAGCAUUGAAAUCUUAGAAGGAGAUGGAGGGGCCGGAACCAUCAAAAAGAUCAACUUUGCUGAAGGAACCCCUCUUACCUACAUGAAGCACCGCGUUGAUGAGAUCAAUACAGAGACAUUCAAGUACAGCUACACGGUCUUCGAAGGGGAUGCUUUGACUGGUAAGCUUGAGAAGAUAUCUUACGAGAUUCAGCUUGUGGCAUCCCCUGAUGGUGGUUCUGUUGCCAAGACUACAAGCAAGUUCUACCCUUGGAGGGUGUUCAGAUAA